UUUGUGGUGUGUUGAAUUUUGAGGUUAUGAUGGUUGAGUUUUAGGUUAUAUUUAUAUUUUUCGUGUUGUAAAUUAAUUAAUAGAGCUGCCCAAAUCUCUCAUAGCAGAAAAAGCUCGAAAGGUGAUACAGUUUAUGCUUAUUUUGUGAUUGUAUAUGAGUAUCUCUGGUUAAUGCGAUUCUAAAAUGCCAGGUUCCAGCAAAAUAUUUUUACCCCACAGAGCCCUAGGUUAUGUUAGCAACCAUAUUCCUGCAGUAGUAAGGUAUAUUCAUAAAAGAAGAGAGAACGUAAUCGUCACAUGUGUAGGAAAGUCUUUUCACACCUAUGGCAGCACACAUUUGAAACUUCUAGCUGUAAGUAAUCUGCAUGAUGAUGAAAUCACUUGUAUGACAGGAGACACAUAUCAUGUGUACUCGGCAAGCGGUAACUGUAUUUAUGCCUGGAGACGAGGUACUGAGCUGAAGCAUACAUACGCAGGGCAUAAUAAAGCCAUUCAUUUAUUACUUCCCUUUGGACCUCAUUUAAUAUCUGUGGACGAGUCAAGUUCACUAAGAGUAUGGGAUAUCAAAAGUGAGGAAGUAUAUCUUGAACUGACUUUUGAUAAUGACGUUUUUCAAGUAUCUGCACUAUGCCACCCUAGUACAUAUUUGAAUAAAAUUCUACUUGGAAGCCAACAAGGUUCACUGCAACUAUGGAACCUUAAAACAUCCAAGCUUAUUUACACGUUUCCCGGAUGGAGUAGUUCGGUGACAGAACUGGAACAGGCUCCAGCAGUUGACGUUAUUGCAGUUGGAUUAUUAAGUGGGAAAAUAAUCUUGCACAACAUCAAAUGUGACGAGACAGUUAUGGAGUUUACGCAAGAUUGGGGCCCAGUGACAUCCUUAUCCUUCCGCACAGAUGGGGAACCAAUCAUGGCUUCUGGAACAUUAGCGGGACACGUGGUUUUCUGGAAUCUGGAAGAAAGAAAAGUUGCUUCACAGCUUCUAAAUGGCCAUGAUGCUGCAAUUUCUGGUUUACAUUGCCUCCCAAAUGAACCUUUAAUGGUUACAUCUUCACCUGAUAAUUCUGUAAAGAUUUGGAUCUUUGACUUGCCUGAUGGGGGAGUAAGAUUGCUACGGUUACGAGAAGGUCAUGCAGCACCUCCAUCCUAUAUAAGGUUUCAUGGUAAUAAUGGACAAAGUAUAUUAUCUGCUGGUGGCGAUUCAUCUCUUAGGGUGUUCAACACUAUUUCUGAGACAGCUAAUAAGAGCCUUGGGAAAGGAUCAUUCAAUCGUAAAUUAGCGAAAAAGAAAGGAAAACUUGAUGCAGUUCGUCUACAAAUGCCACCUAUUGUUCAGUUCACUUCUGAAACUACACGAGAAAAAGAAUGGGAUAAUAUAGCAGCAGCCCAUUUAGGAUUACCAGUGGUUACGACUUGGUCAUUCCACAAACAAAAAAUGGGUGAGCUACAGCUAUUCCCGAGCAAUUUGAAAGGGGAACAUGUAAAACCUAAACUCAAACUGACAGCUCUAUCACUCUGUCUAACUCACUGUGGAAACUUCGUUGUCAUUGGCUACAAUUCUGGUAACAUAGAGCGUUUUAACAUCCAGUCUGGAAUUCACCGUAGUAGCUAUGGUACACCAUUGGCUCAUUCUGGACCUGUCAGAGGUGUUGCUGUAGACUCGCUCAACCAAAUUGUUGUCUCAGGAGGUCGAGAUGGGCUCUGCAAAUUUUGGAUUUUUAAAACUGGAGGCAAACACCCAAUAAAAACCCUUAAACUCGGAGAGUCCGUGAAUUUCUUUCAGACUCACAGAGAAAGUUCCUUACUGUGUGUGUCCUUAGAGGAUUUUUCAUUGUCAAUCAUUGAUUUUGAUACCAAAACCGUCGUGAGACGCUUCGAAGGACACACAGGUCAAGUUACGGACGUUACGUUCAGCCCAGAUUCCCGAUGGGUUAUUUCUGCUUCGAUGGACUGUACAAUCCGUACCUGGGACAUCCCUUCUGCUCAGCUAGUAGAUUGUUUCCAGGUUGACGCUGCUUGUACUUCAAUUACAAUGUCACCUACAGGAGAGCUGCUUGCUACAUCUCACGUUGACUACAAAGGGAUCUUCUUGUGGUCCAAUAAAACUCUUUGGAGUCUCGUCUCUCUCAAGCCGCUAUCUCUUGACAGCGCCAUUCCCUUGGUCAGUCUGCCAUCGACUGGUGCAACCUGCCUGACUGUGGAUGUGGAAGAGAGCGAAACAGAGGAGGAUGAAAGUGAAGAAUUUGAACAAAUAGAAAAUCUCAUCACGCUCUCAACAUUAGCGGUUUCAAGGUGGCAAAAUAUCCUAGACAUUGACAUAAUAAAGAAACGUAACAAACCUUUGGAGCCUCCAAAAACACCGAAGAACGCUCCGUUUUUCCUUCCAACCCUACCGACUUUGAAUAUGGAAUUUGAUCUUAGUUCUGCAAUAAAAAACUCAAACAACGAAAAAACUAUAUCCUUGAAAAACAUUAAGCAAAAUUUGACUCCAUUCGCAAAACUGUUGAGGGACGCAAAGGAUUUCGGUGUUGUUGUGGACAAAUUAAAGUCUUUAGGACCUUCAGCUAUUGAUUUCGAGAUAAAUGCUCUAGGAAUGGAAGGGGAAGACGGAGAGAGGUUGCUGCUUAAGUUUAUGGAAAUGCUGAACUUUUUGUUGGAGAGUAACAGAGACUUUGAGCUUGGCCAGGCGUACAUGGCCUUGUUUUUGAAAGUUCACGGAAACACUGUGGCAACAACACCUGCUCUUCUACAUUAUUUAGAUAAAGUUCAGGAGGUACAAAUGAGAGACUGGAAAAUCCUUGAGGAUAAAAUAUGGUACACAAUGGCAGCCGUCAAUCUGUUAAAAGAAAGUUGAUAGUGUUUUUGCUUUUCAUUCUGUGAAUCGACUUACGUUAUGUCAAAGGUCUUUGUCACUGGGAUUCGUUUGAGUUUUAUAAGUUUUAUUUGUAAUUUGAUAAACAUUUUCUUGGAUGUAUCAUAUGGGAGAAAAUAUUUCUUGUAAUUUAUAGGUAAAAUGUUUGUGUUUGUCGUGCCAAUUAAUAACAUAACUUUACGGUUCACAAAUUUAAAUAAGCAUAUAUCUAUUUAUCGUUAAUAACAUCAGAUCAUAGAUACUACAGAUAAGUGUUAGACCAGUUGAAAUUAUUGGUAACAAACCCAGUCUUAUUUGUAUAGCCUGUGAACCAAACAAGCUUUUGAUCAAACUAGUUGGGUGGUGUAUAAGUGUAACGUAAAAAAAAAAUUACUUUAUAUGUUUUGAAGAAGUAAAACAAGUUUUUAUCCAGUUAUGUUGUAUUAAGAGAGGAGUAGUGUAUUGUUUUAUUUACCAACUCUAAACAUGUUUUUCAUUCAUUUUUUGAUGUAGGAAUUGUAAAUACCAAUUUGUAAAUAUUUUAUACAACAGGUCUCAAUAAAGUUAGUAUUAUUGUUUGAAGAAUCAAUCUAUUAUUAACCUUCCAAAAUGUAAAAAACAUACUUUAAAUUUUUGAAACAAUAAAUCAUU